CAGGUGUUUGCUGAGAGGUGUGUUGUGUUUGUUCACUCUCACCGGCUCCCAGCUCUCACUGCUCCGUCCUGUGGGACUGCUCCCUGAAGAGACCAGGAGGGAGGAGGAACAGGGUUGGCUGGAUCACCGGCUGCUGUGACACAUGCCCAGUUGCACUAACUGGUGUGAGUUUUUUUUUUUUUUUUUUGUUCCUUCUUCCCGUUUGACAUCUUUGGUUUCAUGCUGAAAAAGCCUCCGAGGGAUCGCCUGUCCUGAAACAUGCGUCUGCUUCGCCGGCGGCUGUCUCCUCUAAAGCUGGUCCUCCUUGGGGGCACUCUUUUCAUGGUGAUCCUGGUGGUUCUCCAGAGGGAUGUUGGCUCCUCGAAUACCGGAGAGCCCUGGCUGCAGGACCUGGCCCACAAGAGGGACGAGGUGAUGGACAUGGUGCGAAGCGCCGUGAACAACAUGGGCUUCCAGAUCGGAGCUCCACAGCCGCCGCCGGUGCAGGCGCAGCCCACAGAGGACCUUAAAUGCCCCUCUGGAUUUUACAGUCGAGCUGAUCUCAAGCCUCACCUGGAGAGACCGCCGCAGGACCCUCAGAGCCCCGGGGCUGAUGGUAAAGCGUUCGUGCAGGACAACAUGACUCCCGAGGAGCAGAAGGAGAAGGAUGAGGGCAUGACGCGGCAUUGCUUCAACCAGUUUGCCAGUGACAGGAUCUCACUUAGCCGCAGUCUUGGGGAUGACACAAGGCCUCCAGAGUGUGUGGACAGGAGGUUUCCCCGCUGCCCUGCGCUGCCCACCACCAGUGUCAUCAUCGUCUUCCACAAUGAAGCCUGGUCCACGCUCCUCAGGACGGUCUACAGCGUCCUGCACACGUCUCCAGCCAUCAUGCUGAAGGAGAUCAUCUUGGUCGACGACGCCAGUACGGCAGACCACCUGCAGAAAAAGCUGGAGGACUUUGUGGAGCAGUUUAAGAUCGUCCGUGUUGUCAGGCAGCCAGAGAGGAAAGGCCUGAUCACGGCCAGGCUGCUGGGAGCCAGCAUAGCAACGGCUGAAGUGCUUACCUUCCUUGAUGCGCACUGCGAGUGUUUUCACGGUUGGCUAGAACCUCUCUUGGCCCGGAUAGUUGAGGAACCCACCGCUGUAGUCAGCCCAGAGAUCACCACCAUUGACCUCAACUCCUUCAACUUCCACAAACCUGUGGCCACCAACCGCGCCUACAACCGCGGCAACUUCGACUGGAGCCUGACGUUCGGCUGGGAGCCGAUACCCGAGGAGGCGAAGAGGCUGCGCAAGGAUGAAACCUACCCUGUAAAGACGCCUACUUUUGCUGGAGGCCUUUUCUCCAUCUCAAAGCAGUACUUUGAGCACAUCGGAACGUACGAUGACAAGAUGGAGAUCUGGGGAGGAGAAAAUGUGGAAAUGUCCUUCAGGGUGUGGCAGUGUGGGGGUCAGCUGGAGAUCAUUCCCUGCUCGGUGGUGGGCCACGUUUUCCGCACCAAAAGCCCACACACCUUCCCCAAGGGCACCGAGGUUAUCACGCGCAACCAGGUGCGCCUGGCUGAAGUCUGGAUGGACGAUUUUAAGAAGAUCUUCUAUCGCCGCAACAAAAACGCUGCAGUGAUGGCCAGUGAGAAUAAAUAUGGCGACAUCUCUGAUCGCCUCAAUCUGAGGGACAGGCUUCACUGCAAGAACUUCACCUGGUACCUGAACACCAUCUACCCAGAGAUAUUCAUUCCAGACCUAAAGCCAGAAAAAUUUGGAGCACUCAGAAACUCGGGAUCUAGAACCUGCCUGGAUGUUGGCGAGAACAACCAGGGAGGCAAAGCUGUGAUAAUGUAUCAGUGCCAUAACAUGGGAGGAAACCAGUACUUUGAGUAUUCUUCACACAAGGAGCUGCGUCACAACAUCGGAAAGCAGCUGUGUCUCCAUGCCAACGAUCAAUCGGAGCCAGUGAAGAUUGAGCUGUGCCAGCUGAAGGGGAGGGGUACCAGUUUGUCACCACAACAGGAGUGGGUCUUUACUGAGGAAAGUCUUCUGAAGAAUCCAAGCAGUGGGAAAUGUUUACAACUGAGAGGGGAUCAGGUUAAGAUGGACCACUGUAAUGCUGCAGAUCCCUUCCAGCACUGGAGCUUCAGCUGACCUCCCAGUCUGCCCAGUAGGUGACCUCUGGCACCUCCCUGUUACCUGACUCAGCAAGCUGAAGCAAGAGAGCUAAAGCACUACGGAUCCAGAAGGAUGGAUGGAAAGCUUUGGGCAAGUGGCCAUACCGAUGACCAGGAAAAGAUCGAGGACAAGACACAGACAAUGUCUGACUUUUUUUUUUUUCUUUUUUUUUUUAAACAGAGAGCUCUUAAAUUGGGUUGAACUGUUUUUAUUUUAUUUAUGGACAAAACUCAGGAAACUGUUUUUACUUUGGUUGGGGGAUCUGCGGAUUUGUCUGAGUUUAGCAGUGGCAGCUUUAUGAGGAUUUUGAACUGUGAUAACUGAAAGUCACUUGUUUUACACUCCAAUAUGAAAGAAAUGUAUAUUAAUGUAAUUGUUGUCUUAAUGAAUGUGGAAAUGUUAUAUUGGAAGAGGAUUAAAGACAUAUUUUUAAAAUAUUUUUAAUCAUUUUGUUUAGCUUUGUAACUUACUUUUUAUUAUAAAUGAUAAAAAAUUAUUUUCUAUCACAUUAAGUAUCUUGAAAACAAUUUCCAAAAGUAUGUUUUUGAAAAUGGCAGAAGUUUUUCUAGUGAAAUUGAUCUAUCGACUGUUUAUACUGGCACAAAAUCUGGGAAAUGUUGCUCUGAUUUUUUAUGUAUUGAAGGUUAAACUACAUUUUUAGAAUUACUACAAAUAUUAAACCAAGACUUAAAUCCUUUGUAACACAAA